AUGAAGCAUCCAGGACCACCUGGAGAAAAAAUGUCUAUUAAAUCGCAGGCGGCCGAAUCCGCGGCAUUAACGAUACAAAAUUUCGAUCCUAUAAACCAAAUCAAGGAACACGUCUGUGGAUUUCAUUUCUAUAGUCAUGAUAUGACACGACAAGUUGAAGCACAUCAUUAUUGUAGUCAUAUUAAUCAAGACGUACGACAAUGUAUUAUCUACGAUUCCAAUGAACCUGAUGCUAAAUUGAUCGGUGUCGAAUACAUUAUCUCGGCUAAACUCUUCCAAACACUUCCCGAAGAAGAAAAGAUUUACUGGCAUUCUCAUGUUUACGAAGUCAAGUCGGGGAUGUUAAUUUGCCCCGUGAUCGCACCAAUUCCUGGUGCAGUAGAAAAACAGGCAGAAAUAACACUGCUGAAUGGGUUAGUCGACACUUAUGGCAAAACUUGGCAUUUUUGGCAAGUUGACCGCGGAGAUCCUUUACCAUUUGGACCACCACAACUUAUGAUGUCAUUUACUGAAGAUUUUCAACUUUCGCAAGCAGCACUUGACGAUCGUGACGAAAGAUUCAAUAUUUCAACAAGCAAGAAGCGUGAAGAACGUAAAGAUAUCAAAUCAGUUUAUAAUAUUAAUCCUACAGCUGACCAUUGGGCUAGAAGAAAUGAUGGAAUGACUUAUCAGUGUGAAAUGAAAUUGAUUGAACAAAAGAGAAUCGUUCAAGGAUAA